CACAGAAGCCAGAGUUGCUUAUAUAGAGAGCAUGCUUCCUAUUAGUUUCCCCAUUGCUGUUCCCUUCAUAGCUUCGCCUCAGCGACUAGUUGUCAUCUAUUGCAACAUGUGGGCAAAGACUGUAACUGAAAAUUUUGCUGGUGUUAUCCAUGGUUUGAAUGCAAGCCAUCUGACAGACCUAGCCAUUCAGAGAAGCAAACGGAUGAUCCUGGAUACUUUGGGAGUGGGGCUGCUUGGUACCAGCACAUCAGUCUUCCACAAAGUUAUACAAUACAGUAAAAUCUACAGUUCAGAUGUAUCCAGCACAGUCUGGGGGCGCUCAGAUUUCAGACUUCCUCCUCUGUAUGCAGCUUUUGUGAAUGGAGUAGCUGUUCACUCAAUGGAUUUUGAUGACACGUGGCAUCCAGCCACCCACCCAUCUGGGGCUGUGCUUCCUGUUCUGAUUGCUGCCUCAGAAGUCCUCCCUCAAAAGCAAAAAUUGUCUGGCCUUGAUCUGCUCUUAGCUUUCAAUGUAGGGAUUGAAGUACAAGGCAGAUUGAUGCGCUUUUCCAAGGAAGCCAGCAAUAUUCCAAAAAGGUUUCAUCCACCCGCUGUGGUUGGUACAAUGGGGAGUGCAGCAGCUGCUGCUAAAUUGUUAGCACUCGAUCAGUUUAAAUGUAAAGAAGCUUUAGCGAUUGCUGCUUCUUAUGCAGGUGCCCCAAUGGCUAAUGCAGCAACACAAACCAAACCCCUCCACAUCGGCAAUGCAGCACGGCAUGGCCUGGAAGCAGCUUGCUUAGCAUCACUGGGUCUUCAGGGCAAUAAACAAAUCUUGGACAUGGAGUCAGGGUUGGGUGCCUUUUAUACAGACUAUACACCCCAGAUUCUGCCAACUUUACAGUCUUAUUCCUGGCUGUUGGAUCAACAAGAUGUGGCCAUCAAGCGCUUUCCUGCUCACCUUGGAACACACUGGGUGGCGGAUGCAGUCUCUUCAUUGAGGAAGCACCUUGUGCAGGGCGAAGACUCAGUCCCCAUUAGUAGAAUUAAACAAAUUGUUGUCAAAGUCCCAGAUGUGAGAUACGUGAACAGCCCUUUCCCGGAACCCAGCCAUUCUUUCCAGUUUGCGGCAUGUACUGCUCUGUUGGAUGGCAGCAUCUCAGUUCAGUCAUUUAGUGAUCAGAGCAUUUCUAGGCCAGUGUUAAAGGAGCUGCUCAGCAAAACAAAGCUAGAACAUCCUUCUGAUAACAAGCCUAGCUUUGAGAACCUUUAUUGUGAGGUGAACAUUACUCUUCAGGAUGGCAACGUGUUCAGUGAACGCUGUGAUACAUUCUAUGGACACUGGAGAAAACCCUUAAGUACAGAAGAUCUGAAGAAGAAGUUUCAUUCUAAUGCUUCCAGUGUGCUCUCAUUGGAAGCGGCAGAAGGCAUUGUAGAGACUGUGGAUAAUUUAGAAAAAGUAGAAGACUGUUCUGUGUUAAGUGCAUUUCUUAGAGGAGCACAGUUAACCAAAAUACUUUCAAAAAUACGUUUACCUUGAAAAUAAUGGACCUUUAUUGACUUAUCCUCAUAGUUACUCCUAUGCACUUAGAAGACACCAAAACAAAGAAAACUCUAUUGUGUUGCUUUCCUGUAACAUGAACAGCAUUUAUAGCCAGAGCCACAAUACUGGACUUAAAUGAUCAUGGUCUGCUGUAUCUGUGCCAUGCUGGAAGGAAGAUCUUGUGCUGACAAUGUCCCCCUCCGCCUCUCCCCGAUUAUCCUUAUGUCAUUACAAGAAGUGUAUCUGAAGGUGCCACAAAAAUAGCACUGUUGAUGGGAGAUUUUUGCUACCAAGUUCUCUACUAACUGGUGCCUGAAAGAAAAGCCUUAUCCUAAAUGUCCUGCUUCUAUUAGAGGAUUUGGUUGUACAGAUCUGGAUUUCAGAGGAAUAGGGCAGUUACUCCUACUGGUAGGGAAGCAGUUGGUAGAAGGUCAGGUAAAGAAUAAGCAAUUUAUAGCUAAACUAUAUACAUAUUCUAUUUAUGCCAAAAGAAAAGUCUAAGACACAAAAGUUGUAAUGCUUGGUAGUCUCCAAGAAACAUCCCAACUUCACCAUCAAACGUAGUCUUGUGUAAGUGAAGUUGACAAUAGUGCUCUCUUUCUAAUCACAGCAUUGGUUAAGAUACCCAUUUAGUUUCUUUGUUUGGCUGUUUUAAACACAUAAGCAUUUAUUCUUGACAAUCUGGUUCUUGCCAUAGCCAAAAAUCACUCCUGUUUCAAAGUUGCGUGGCACCCCUGUAACUCUGAGGCUGCCUUCUCUCUAGUAUCAGUCAAGUCCCAUUCCUCCAGCUUCAGUGUUAUUGACCAGACAUGUUAAGUGAUGUAUCCUUAGGAUGCUUCCCUGUUAAGCCUUGUCAGUGCACAAGACUUCCAUCAUUAACAAAAACCAUGUAACCCAUCAUUUCAGUAUAGUUUUUUUUAAAGAGGGUUUUACUUCUUAAAAGGACAUAAUCAAGAUUUAAAUAUUUUUACAUUAGCAGUAGUGUUAUGUUAACACUUUCUUGCAUGUUUUACACUGACCUCUAUAAAAUCAGAUUAGUCUUUCUCCAGUACAGAAAUGUCUAUUUGAAGCUACUAAUGGUGACAGUGCAGGCAGAUGGGUAUCUUGGUUCAAAUGCUUAAUGGAGCUUCUGCUUUACUGUGGAAGCCAUGUGCGCUCUUUGCUUUCUGUUUUAAGAGACUAAUUUUCCUAUUUGAAGAUCUAACCAUAGAGAUCUACAACCAUAUUUAGGCACCUCUAAUAGCAUGCCAGUCCAGGCUGCAUAUUUAGGUGCCUAUGUUUUAAAAUGUGGUUAGUAUAGGAGGCAUGUUUGAUAUACUCUUCACAUUACUGUUAUAACUUCAAAAGAUGUGGCUGUUAAUGUGCUUGUAGUGAUGACUUUUAAAAGCUAUAAAUAUUUGUAUGAUUUUACUCAAUAAGAUGGUGAUGUUUCAAUGUUGUACAUGAGCUAUUUCUUCAUGGGGCCAAUCUCUUCUAUCCUUCAGCCACUUGCAUAUACAACCUCCUCGGUCACACACAAAGGUAUGCUUUUUGGGAUCACUUAAAGCAGGUGUUUACGUUCAUUUUGUUAUAUUAAACAAAAGCCUUUCAGUAUCAUUACUGCCACAUUAGAAUUCAAUCAUUUAUUAUGCUGAAAGAACAACCAACUUCUUUAUGUACAGUCGUUCAGCUAGGUGAGGGACUUCUGCAGAUGACUGUUAGAGCAUGUGUAACUAAUGUCAUUGGCCUCCACAAAGGGACUUAGGAAUUGCCACACGGAGUGUUGUGGCACCUUUUAUGCACCUAGAAGCAGCACAGGAACUGCACUAUGAGCCACAAAGCCUAAGUUAGGCACCUGUGUUCUCUAGACAAGUGUUUCUCAAACUGUGCUCCGCAGAGCCCCAGGGCUCCGUGAGACAUCUCCAAGGGCUCUGCGAGGUUGACAAACUGGAAAGCCUUCAAAAGCAUAAUUGAGAAUUGCCUCGAACUGACACAAAUCCAACUUUCUUCUAUCAUGCCAGACAUUGAAGAACUUUGUAAGAAUAGAAAGCAAGCCCACUCUUCUCACUAAAAAUAAUGAUUGUUUUUGA